GACUCUCAGCUGUGUGGUCCUGCCAUGAUUUUUCCUGUAGUUAUUAUUCCUAAGAAGGAACAGGGACAUUAUUUCAAGGCUUUCUAUGUACGCUGGAGCGGUACUACAAGCUUAUAUGCUGAUGAAUCGUUGGAAUGAAUACACAAAAGGAAAAGCAGCCCUUUUAGAUUGAACAGCAAAGACUGUCAGCAUGCAUGGUUGAUGCUAAAGAUCCAGAAAGAUACAGUUUUUUGCCAGUUUUCAACCUUUGGACCGACCAGUUAAUGUUUCACUAAUUACAGUGCACUUGUACGACCCUCUAGCCCUAUCUUCUGAGGUGAGGAGAUAUAAAGAGACGAAGCAGAAGUUAUUUUGUUGCUUCUCAUUCUGACGGCACCAUGGGCAAGGGAUUUUAUGUCAGCAAGCUUGUAUUAGCUGUUGGCAUCAUAUUCACGGUGGCUGCCGUGUCUACUAUCAUAGCCCUUGCAGUCGUUUACUCUCAAGAAAGGGCCAAAAAUAAUGAUGUUGCUAAGCCACCUGAAGAAACAACUACAACAUCGAGCACCAGCACAUCAACAGCCACCACUGUUCAGUCCAAUGAUCCUUGGAACAAGUACCGGCUUCCAACAACCUUGAAGCCAAUUCAUUAUGAUGUUGAGCUUCAGCCAUACUUGGAGAAAAAUGCAGCUGGGCUUUAUGUGUUCCAUGGCAAAAGUUCUGCCUUCUUCCUAUGCAACACAGCCACUGACCUCAUCUUGAUCCACAGCAACAAACUCAACCACACCAAAUUUAAUAACUUUGAUGCCAAAUUAAUGGAAGGCACCAAGGAAGUAGCUCUGAAGGGCACAUUCUUCCAGAAAGACAAGCAGUUCUUAGUGGUACAGGUUGCGGAGAGUCUGCAGGCUGGGAAAGAGUAUAGCCUUUACACAGAGUUUAUUGGAGAGCUGGCCGAUGACCUGGCUGGAUUUUACAGAAGCGAAUAUGUAGAAGACAAUGUAACCAAGAUCAUUGCAACAACUCAGAUGCAGGCUCCUGAUGCGAGGAAAGCCUUCCCCUGCUUUGAUGAGCCAGCAAUGAAAGCUACUUUCAGCAUCACUCUGAAGUACAAGAAACCUUACAAGGCCAUGUCAAACAUGCGAGAUAUAGAAACCAAAACUGAGGGAGACUGGAUGAUCACAAAGUUUGACAAAACUCCAAAGAUGUCCACAUACCUGGUGGCAUUCAUAGUGUCAGAAUUUGAGUCAAUUGGUAAUGAUGGCAAUGAUACCGUUACUGGGGUAAAGAUCUGGGGUCGUAAAAAAGCCAUCGUUGAUGAGAAGCAAGGGGAAUACGCACUCAGUGUUACAAAGCCAAUCCUUGAUUUUUUUGAGAAAUAUUAUCGUACCCCCUACCCUCUACCAAAAUCAGAUCAGGUAGCACUGCCGGAUUUUAGUGCAGGAGCCAUGGAAAACUGGGGACUGGUGACAUACAGAGAGACAGCCCUGCUAUUCGACGAAAAUGUAUCAUCCAUUGGAAAUAAGGAGAGAGUAGUCACAGUAGUAGCCCAUGAGCUUGCCCAUCAGUGGUUUGGAAAUCUGGUGACCAUAAGAUGGUGGAAUGAUCUAUGGCUGAAUGAAGGGUUUGCCUCCUAUGUCGAAUAUUUGGGUGCUGACGAAGCUGAACCUGAUUGGAACAUAAAAGACUUGAUAGUACUAAAUGACGUGCACAGAGUCAUGGCUGUCGAUGCAUUGGCUUCCUCCCAUCCACUCACAUCGAAGGAAGAAGAAGUGAACUCACCCUCUGAAAUUAGUGCGCUUUUUGACUCCAUUGCUUACAGCAAGGGUGCCUCUGUCAUCAGAAUGUUGUCUGAAUUUCUUACAGAGCCUCUGUUUGUUAAUGGACUGGCGAGUUACCUUAAAGGUUUUGAAUACGACAACACUGUAUAUAGUGAUCUUUGGACACAUCUGCAAAUGGCUGUAGAUAAUCAGACUGCAGUGCAACUUCCAUUGCCCAUCAAAGACAUCAUGGAUACAUGGGUCCUACAAAUGGGAUUCCCAGUGGUGAAAAUAGACACAGCAACUGGAAUUGUCACCCAGAAACACUUCCUUCUGGAUCCUGACUCAGUGGUCACACGCCCAUCACCAUUUGAUUACAAAUGGAUUGUACCAAUAAGUUUUCAAAUAUCCGGCAAAAAUGACCACAUAUGGCUACAAAAAGAAUCAGACACUGUUGAUAAGUUUAAAAUAACCGGAAAUGACUGGCUUCUGGUUAACCUAAACGUCAUUGGAUAUUACAGAGUAAACUAUGAUGACAAUAACUGGAACCGCCUACUAAACCAGCUACAAAGCGAUCAUAAAUUAGUUCCUGUUAUUAACCGUGCUCAGAUCAUUGAUGAUGCCUUUAACUUAGCCAGGGCAAAACAACUAGGCAUAACAAAAGCACUGGAUACCACAAAAUAUAUCUCAGCAGACAGAGAGUAUAUGCCAUGGCAAGCAGCACUGAGUGGUCUGAGUUACUUUACACAGAUGUUUGAUCGCACAGAAGUUUUUGGAUCAAUGAAGAAAUACAUGAAAAAGCAAGUCAUUCCACUAUUUGAACAUUUUAAGAAUGUGACAUCCAACUGGACAAUACGGCCAUUAUCUCUAACUGAUCAGUACUGUGAAAUAAAUACUCUCAGCACUGCGUGUAGCUAUGACGUAGAGGAGUGCUUAGAGUUUGCCUCUAAACUCUUCAAUGCCUGGAUGGUCCCCCCUUUCACAAACAACAUCCAUCCAAAUCUGAGGACAAAUGUUUACUGCACUGCUGUAGCACAGGGAGGCGAAGAAGAGUGGAAUUUUCUGUGGGACAGAUUUCAGGAAACCGAUAUUGCACAAGAAGCAGACAAAUUGAGAGCAGCUCUAGCCUGCAGCAAGGAGCCCUGGAUCCUCAACAGGCUACUGGAAUACUCACUGGAUUCAACGAAGAUUCGCAGACAGGACGCUGUCUCCACCAUCAGCAGUGUUGUAAAUAACCCGAUAGGACAAAGUCUUGCCUGGGACUUUGUUAGAGCCAAUUGGAAGACACUGUAUUCUAUGUUUGGAGAGUCCUCUUUCUCUUUUGGGAACUUGAUUGAGAGGGUGUCACGGAGAUUCUCUACUGAUUUUGAAUUGGAGCAGCUAAUGCAGUUCAAGAAUGACAACCAGAAUCCUGGCUUUGGAACAGCAUCACAGGCCCUGGAACAAUCCAUUGAAAAAACCAAAGCAAACAGGAACUGGGUAAAUGAGAACAAAGCAGCAGUAAAGAAAUGGUUUGAAGAUGCAAUACUGCCUUAAAGAAGCCCCUGUGAAAGCCAAGGUUCCAAGCCUGCUUUGCCCCUGUUGGAAUGGUUUCAUCUCUCCAAUAGGUUCUCACACUGUGAGCCAGAUGCCUUAACUCCUGACAUGCUGCGUGUAUGUGAUAUACCUUGCCCAGUUCUGCCACAUGCUACUUUUGCACAUACCUAUAUUCCCAUAUUCAUGGGCUUCUAUGAAUGAACUUUCACUAGAGAUUGAGAAGCUAAUAUACUAAUAUACAAUCAGAUAGGAAAGGCUUUAAUCAACAACAGCAAGAAAUUUGCUAUGCUGCUCAGGGUUUCAAUUAUUAUAUUUUGCCUUAAAAAGGUCCAUGUCCAGUUGCAAGCCUUCAGCUUCUGCAUAUGACCACUGCCAACUUCUCUAAAAGUCAGUAGUUUACAGCAGCUGGAAAUCCUAAAUUUCCCUUGAAUUGCCUUAAAAUAACAUCGCACAUCUUUUCACCCCCAACUUUCUUAAUUUGACUUAUAGUCGCUAUCCCUUCCCAUUCUAAUUAAUAAGUAGACACUAUAACUGGCUUAAACACUCCUAUCUACGUGAAUAACAAAAUGCCAUGUAUGACAAUAAUCCUUAAAGAGGCAGAUAUCUUGGAACAUUUAUUUAUAGUUUUCCAAAAUCUUUUUGUAUAUAAUAAAGUAUAGACUUUUCAUACAAUGCUAAAUUAUGUACCUGGGAAAUGGAAUCAAAUGUCCAUAUCUUGUUGUUCAAAAUCUAAGAAAUAAAAAUGGAUAUGGAGAAAAGAAA